AGUCGACACCAGUUUUCGAAGAAGUCACGUGGUAAGUAACAAUGGAGGAAGACGAUGAGGACUCAGAUAUCGUAUUCGAUAGAGCUGGCCUCUUAUCAACAACGAUAAUAAAAAGAUACGAAGAGAGAGCUCCGGGAUCGAAACUUUUUAGAACAUUUCUACUAUGCGCCGCUUUUUUCGGUUUAGGACUGUGUAUUGCAGUUCCUGGACCUACACUUUUGGACCUUCAAGAGAGAACCCAUACAACAACAAUUGAAAUAUCACGCAUAUAUCCCGGUAGAUCUGUCGGAUAUUUACUAGGAUCAAUUGUUUGCGGUUUUUUAUUCGAUAAACUGAAUCAAUAUGGUUUACUCUCGGCCUCCCUGAUAUCAGCAGCAAUCGCAACAGCAUUUGUUCCGUGGAUUAAACAUCUGGAACUGAUGCUAAUAUCAUUUGGUGUUCAAGGAGUGGCUCUAGGGUUUUUAGACACUGGCGGAAAUGUGCUUUGCUUGCACAUGUGGGGUUCAAAUUCACAGGCUCCUAUGCAAGCUUUACACGCUUCUUUCGGAGUUGGAGCUUUUGUUGCUCCUUUAGUUACUGAGCCAUUUAUGGCCUUGCAUGCAUCGCACAACCAAACCCCUGCUUAUAGUCUUCAUCCAACUCGAGGGGAUCCCAUACAUAGGGGUGAUAAAGAUACGACCAAAGCACGUUUUGCCUAUCUUAUCAUAGCUAUUAUAUUGGCUGUGGUAUCACUAUCCUUCAUUCUCAAUUGUAUUUGUAGUCGUUGUCGUUGCGCAGCUCUACCAGCAGAGAGCAGUCACACGCAAAAUAAAGAGAGUGGCGUUGCCGGUGUACGAUUUCAACUUUUAUUUCUCUUGGCAAUAUUUUACUUUUUAUACGUUGGAUUGGAAGUGACGUUUGGCGGGUGGGUGACUGCUUAUGCCAUAGAAGGACUUAAAUGGCCAAAAUAUGUAGCUGUGUAUCUGAAUAGCGUAUUUUGGGGUACCUUCGCCGUUACUAGGAUAUUAUCUGUGCCUCUGGCUAAAUGUCUCAGCGCAACUGUAAUGGUCAUAUUAGAUAUGAUUAUAUCUCUUGUUGCAUUAACAAUUAUUGCUUGCUUUCGACAUCCACACUCUCCUAAUGAUAAAUCAGCGUAUGCAAUUUGGUUUUCGGUAGGUCUUUUAGGUGUUGGAUUAGCAACUAUUUUUCCAUCGGGUCUCACUUGGGCCGAGCGAUAUCUAAAUGUUACCGGACCUGCUGCCUCAUUUUUAAUUGUCGGAUCUGCCCUUGGAGAGAUGCUAGUGCCAUCACUAGUGGGCUGGCUGUUUCAGAAAAGUCCUUCUUGGCUCAUAUAUACUUCCUUGGCUGUUUGUGUUAUGGCUCUCAUUAUUUAUAUAGUCUUACAAAACUUGGCCUUGAAUAAUGAAAAAGUAAUCCAAAGUAAACUGGAACUCUUACCCACUAAUGAAACUCUGGAAACUGAAAUCAAGGAGGAGAGCGAUACUAUUACCACUGCGAAUCGUAAAAGAGUAUCAUUCCGUUUACCUCAAAAACAAAAUUAA